UAAAAGUGUAGUUUCCAUCCCUGGGAAAUCCGCGACUUAUCCAACACUGUCAGCCAAAACAUCAACAGAAAAACAGCUGAUUUUCACAACAAAAUUUUAAGGAAUUUGCAAAGCCGACUGUUUUUAUAAACAAACAUUUUAUUAAUAAAAUUAAUCAUUAAGGACUCUCCACUAUGCCCGCCCACUGUGCGGUGGUCAAUUGCAGCGACAAAUAUGUGCAUUCCGGCAGCAUAUCUUUCCACAGAUUCCCCUUUAAGCGGAAGGAUCUCCUGCAAAAGUGGAAGGACUUUACCCAACGGAGUGGCCAGUGGAUGCCCUCAAAGUGGAGUGCCGUCUGCAGUCGUCAUUUUGUAGACGCUGACUUCAACUGCUGCAACAACCGGAAAACCCUUAAAAAGAACGCAGUGCCCACGGUGCGGGUUCCCGAAGAGGAUGGCCUGAAUGUUAUGGUAGAACAGGUGCCAACAGGCAAUAGAACGCUGGCCAAGCCAACCCUGUCAAGUGCGGCAGAGCCACCACCUUCUUCAAGCUCCAAAUGCACUUGCCGUUUCUGCGGCUCCUCCGCCACGAAUUGUUCUUCUUUUGAGAAAAGCUUCGAGCUGUUUGGCAUGAUCCAAAAGUGCUUUCCCACUCUACAGAUUCAGCAGGAUGACACCCUGCCGAAGGAUAUUUGUGUGGACUGCUACCGCCAACUGGAACGUUUCUCGAAGUUCAUCGACGUGGUGAUGCAAACCCAGAGCGAGCUUCAGCGGAAAUAUCGCCGUCAAUUGAAGAUCAAACAGGAGCCUUUAGUGCGGGUGAAGCAGGAGGCCAGCGACAAUCUGGACAACCUUUUUCCGGAUGAACUGGACAUGGGCCUGGAGCAGGACGAGGGCUGUGACCAUGAGGAAACCGAGCAGAAGUUCCAGUUUUGUGACUUCCCAGUUCUGAACACCCAGGACAUUAUCAACAACUGUGAUAUCAUGGAGAUUAUUAACCUGGACGACCCGUUCAUCAAUAUACCCGACGAUGCAGAUGUGGGGCUCUCGGAGAGAUCUCAACCUCUGCGAUCGGCGAAUGAAAUGCUGCAGUCUGAGAUGCUAACAGAGGAGCACAAUUAUGCCAAGGAGGAUUGGCCCUUUCCUCCGGACCAGUACAAAAAAGAGAAGCUGGAGGGCGCAGAUGCGGCACCGGAGCCUGCUCCACCACCACCGGCUCCUCCUCCUUCAGCUCCGCCAGUGGUUCCCCUGUCCUUGCCCGAUGAUCUUCCGCCCUCGGAUACUCGUUCUUGCAAGCCCAUAGUUACAAACGUCAGCCAGAUACCGAAUCCCCUGAUCUGUGAGCUGCUACCGCCCCCUGCCGCUCCUCCGAGCACCAAGCCCAACAUUGUGGUCUUGAACGACAGUGUGGUCAAGUCCUCCGCCGCUUUUCGGCUCCACAAUUGUACCCUUUGCACCGCCAAGUUCAUCACCUUGGAUAGCCUGAAUCAGCAUUACAAUAGCAAUCAUGGAAAUCCCAUGCCCAUGGUCAGUGUGCCGCCCUUGAACAUCGGACUUCCCAACUUGGCAGCAACUCCUCCCAUGAAACUGGAGGGCAACAGGGCCCUUGUGUUGGCAGAGCAUCUGGAAUACUGGCAGCCAGAGUGGCAGAAUAGUCAUGUGGCCAUCCAGCCAAAGAAGAAGAUCGACAUCCUGGACAUGCAAAGUAGUUUCCUGCAUCACAAGGACCUCAUACCGGCAGCCACGCAGUUGCAAGCACCUGCUCCCGAUCCUGAACUGAUUGCUGUGACGGCCAACUACGCUAAACUGGCUGCCAGGUACCAGAAGCUAAUGGCCAAGUGCAAGAAGCUGAAGGCGCCCAGAAAACGUAAACGCAAGUCCCACGGCUGCAGGAUGUGCAGGCGAAGAUUCCCCAGCUUGGGCAAACUAUUCCACCAUCGUCGCCUGAAAGGCCACUAUGUGAAGAGGAAACCCAGGUUCUUCGGGCGCUGCUGCGGUUGUUUGAAGAUAUUCCUCUCUCGGCUGGCACUGCGCCAGCAUAUGCGCUACAUCUGCCAGUCCCUGUCCUUGAGGAACAACCGCCGCCUGCAGAGCUUCAAGUGUCGCCACUGCCAGGCGAUUGCGUUUGCCCAUUGGCGCCUCUAUCGCCGCCACGAGCUCAAGUGCCGGCCGCGGAAAUCCAAGCCGAAGGUGCCGAUGCCGCCCAGCCGGAAAAAGAAAGUUGCGUCCGUCCAAAAUUUCACUUGUGAUCUGUGCAAGAAAUCGUUUGGGUCGGUGAACGGUCUGCGCCAGCAUGUCAUCACACAUUCAACGGAGCGGCAGCACAAGUGCGGCAUCUGCAACAGGGUCUUCAAGCGGCGCAACGGUCUGUCGCAGCACAUUAAGGGCUACCACCUGCAGCUCAAGCCGCACGAGUGUCCUGUGUGUCAGCAUCGUUACGCCCUGAAAUGUGAUAUGCUGCGAUGCAAGCAUUCGCUGCGACGAGGACCAGUAGCUGGAGAAUGAGGCACCAAUCCG